GCUCUUCUCCGGCACGGCACCAUUGUGGGGCUGUGGAACGAGGUCCACCACCGCUUCAUGCGCAUGAAUCCCCACAACGGCCACAUGGACGGCUCCGCGUCGAAGCACUUGCACCACUAUCCCGCCCAUGGGUGGGCAUGGGAGCCCUUCCGGGUGGUGGACGCUGGUUUCGGACAAGUCGCCCUGCACAACGCGAGAAACAACCGUUUCAUCAAAAUGGCUCACGACAUGAUUCGCUCACCGACUCGCAACUGGAACCAGCUGCCUGGCGGCUGGGGCUCCGAGCGCUUCACCGUCGUCGAUGCAGGUCAUAGCCACGGUGCCCAAAAGGUUGCUCUGCACAAUCCGCACUACAACCGCUUUGUUUCCAUGUGUCACCAUGGCGAUGGGUGCGUGAGUCCUGGCAAG